UCAGCGGGGACGCGGGAUAUGGAGAGAUAAAACACGUGCUGUUUACACGCAUCAGCCCACACAACUGGGGAUUGUUUUAUUUGUCGGAAAAAGUGCAGUUAAUGUGGCAGACAUUUAUUUUCAACACUGAGGAAGGAUUGAAACUGAAGGGCAAUAUAAUGGCAAUGCGAUUGUAUGGUCAAGGCUGGGAGUAUUCUUCGAGUUCCUUCGUGAUAGCUCAUUCAGAGCAGUCAUUGAAAAAUUGAUUGAGAGUAAUCACACGCGGGUGAUUUGUAUGGUAUUGAGAUUGUACAAAAGUUGUCAGUUACAGAACUUCGUGCUUGAACAGAGGAUUAUGAAAUCAUGCAGAUAUUCAGUCCCAGACACAUUAUUUUCAGUACCAGCCAGUGUUGACUCGAAGCAGCUCAGUCAGCUUAUCAAUAGUCUUUUGCAAGGUGACGCCAAAACAGAAGGUGAUGAAGAUUUGGUGAAGUUUGAUUUUUUGCUUGAUGGGGAAAUUCUUCGAACAGCACUUAAUCAUCUUCUACAAGAGAAAGAAGUAUCAUCGGAAGCUGUCAUCGAACUAGAGUAUGUUGAAAGACAGCCAGCCCCAUAUCCAGAGAAUUCCCUUCUGCAUGAUGACUGGGUCAGUGCUGUGCAGGCAGCAGGUGAAAACAUCCUUUCUGGUAGCUAUGAUAACACUGUACGUCUGUGGAAUACACAGGGUGAGCCUGUGAUGACAAUACCAGCACAUGCUGACCCAGUCAAGUGUGUGGCUUGGAUUAGACAUGACACAUCCGACAUUGAAAGCACUUUUGUAAGUGGGUCUCAUGACCAGACAGCAGUUAUCUGGCGAUGGCACAAAGAACGUAAUGAAGUGGACUGUAUUCAUGUGUGUAAAGGCCACAGUGGCACAGUAAAUUGUGUGUCUGUCAGCCCAUCAAAGGAAAAGAUGUGCACAGUUUCAUGGGACAAAAUGUUAAAGUUGUGGUCAGCAGAUUGUUUACCAGAAGAUGAACCAGAGUCAGACCGGCCAAGAAAAAAGAAAAAAACAGCAGCAUCUAAAGCACAGACAAGGGUACCUAUUCUGACACUUUCUGGACACAAUGAUGCAGUCACAGCAGUACAAUGGGUGGAUGACACAUCAGUUGUCACAUCUUCAAGAGAUCAAACAGUACGGAUCUGGGAUUUAAAGCAAGCUGUUCAGUCUAAUCUACUGCAAGGCUCAGAGGCAAUUUUUGAUGUUGCUUAUUCUCCACUCAAUGGUCUGCUUGUGGUUGCUUCAGCAAGUAGGCAUAUCCAUCUAUAUGAUCCUCGAUCUAAAGAAGGUGCAGUUGUUAAGCAAUCGUUUACAUCCCACACUGGGUGGGUUGUGAGUGUCGACUGGUCACGAAAUAAUGAGCAUCUUUUCCUGUCGGGUGCAUAUGACUCCAUCUUGAAGCUGUGGGACAUUAGAAGUCCCAAAGCUCCUUUGUACAACAUGCAUGGACAUGAAGACAAGAUCCUGUCAGUGGACUGGUCUGUGCCAGAGCUGAUACUUUCUGGUGGUGCGGACAAUAACCUUAAGAUCCAUCACUAUAAUGUCACUUCAUGAUCUUCCACCUCGUUUACCUAAAAACAAACUGUGAUUAAAGUACAUUAUACUCCAGAA